AUGAAAGUCUCUCUCGCUCUCGUUCUCGCUGCUCUCACGCCCGCUAUCAUGGCAGCCAGCAUGAAGUCCGUCAUCGUCAGCUUCGGCAAUGAGGCUCCAGAUUCCGUUGUCCAGAAGGCAAAGGAGGCCAUCGUCGCCGCUGGCGGCAAGAUCACCCACGAGUACUCCUUGAUCAAAGGAUUCUCUGGCGAAAUGCCUGAAUCCGUGAUGGACCAAGUCAAGGCUAUGGACGCCAGGUACCCAGCGACCAUCGAGGAAGACCAGGUCGUCUCGGUCAACGUCUAG